AUGUUUGUUUUCAAAAUACGGAUCCAAUGUCUUUGUAGAUUGGGUGAAAAACACCAGAUUGAAGCCGUAUUGGUUGCUGGGAUAUGCACGGAUAUAUGUGUACUGGACUUUGUGUGUUCUGCGUUAUCUGCAAGAAAUCGUGGUCAUGUUACUCCUCUUAGAGAUGUGAUCGUAUAUUCGGGUGCGUGUGCAACUUUUGAUCUUCCAGUUCAUGUUGCCAGAAACAUCCCUGGUGCUCUUGCUCACCCUCAGGAACUCAUGCAACAUGUUGGCCUUUACAUGGCAAAGAGCAGGGGAGCUAAGGUUGUGUCAAAAGUGUCAUUUGCAGCAUCAAAGAAGGCAUGAUCACAGUGAGUGGCUCAUGUUUAUGAUCUCUGAUAAUCUGUUAGAUUCGGUGUAUCUUUUCUUUUCUCUUCAUAUAUAUGCUUACGCGUGUAGUAAUGGUGAUUUUUAACGUCUUCCUGUAAAAUCAGAAAAUGUGUUUGAUUU